GUGCCUCCGGCCAGCAAGGCGCAGCGGCAGCGGAGGAUGAAGGUGGUGCUGGCGGCGAUACAGUCCAUCCGGCGGUUGACGGUGGUACGGCAAGUCCGGUAGCGCCGCAUGCGUACGACAAUGCUGGGGCCGCUGACCGUGUUGACGGGGCCAGGGAGUACGACAGCGGGGUUGAUGACGCAGGCGAGCGGUCACCCAAGCGUCAGCGCACCGACGCCGAGACGACGGCGGAAGCGGAAACUGUCACCGUAAACGCAACGACGGCGGCAGCGGGCCCUUCCCCUCCUCUCUCUGCCGCGGCGGCGGCGGUGGCGGCAGCGGCUGCAGCCGCACGUCGUCGCCUUGAAGCCACCGUCCCCGACGUCCCGACCGCUCCCGCCACCGCCGCUUCAACGGCGGCACCGGCAGCUACCCCGGCAGAAGACGCAGAGGAUGACGACGACGAUGGCGAGCCGCCACGACCCAUGGGUCCGUUCCUGCCUUCUGCUGAGGAAGCCGCGCAGGCGGCUGCCGCCGUGUCGCCCGCAGCUCCCGCAGUCUCGGCCUCCCCGCUUGCUGCAGACGCCAAGGUGGAGGAAGCUGUCUCAGCUGGGCUGCCGGGGGUAGAGCUCGCGGAGCUGCUGGGGGAUGCUCCCCUGCUGGCAGACUGGCGCCGCCGCUUCCCGGGCGCCGCUCAUGCGCAUGCAGCACACCCCCAGCAGCAGUUCCACCCGGGGCACUACUACCCGCACCACCAUGCCCACCACCAUGCCCACAACCCCUACCCCUACCAAUACCCAGGCUACCCCUACCCCUGCCCCUGCCCCUCCCAGCACCCUUACCCCUACCCCUACGGGCCCGGGAGCGCCGCUGCCGACGGCGGCGGUGCAGACACAGACCUGGGGGGCGGCGACGCCUCCGCCGCCUCAUCCUCCGCCCCGCCGCCUCCUGCCCGCAGCCGCGAGGAGUCCAUGCUGGAGUACGCGGCGGCGGUGCUGGCGGGCCUGCCGCCGGAGGAUGAGGCCGUACAGCUGGCUCGGAUGGCGGCGGCGGCGGGCAGGAGCCUGGCGGACGUGGUCAACUUUAGCUGGGGCGCCUCCGCCGCCGCGUCGGGAGCGGGAGCGGGGCCGGGUAAUGGAGGAGGAGGAGGGGAUGUGGCGGAGGCGCCGCUGGCACCAGUGAAUGAGUACGGCG